AACUGUUUUAAACCUGGGGAACUCCCUGAAUUCAUGUGUGACUUUUGCUUUUUGUGUUUUUUUUUAUAUGUAAGGUUCUUACUUACAUUUGGCACAUUAACCACGAAAAGUUUACGAAAUGGCCGGGCUUGUAAACUUUAAAGACCCCGAAGAGGUGAAGGAAUAUUUAAGCAACACGGAAAUAGAGUUUAUGUUCGGUUGCCACAAAGAAAAAGACGCAGAUUGUUGCUACAGAUUGGGGGAAUUUCUUGAAACGAUUCGAAAAAAAUUCCCAGAAGCUGCAACAACUUACAAAGAAUGUUGUGACAAAUAUAAGAAUGCUCCUUGCUGUUUUAAAGUGGGCCAAUACCACAUGCUGGGAAAAGGCGGUUUAGAGAAAAGUGAGCUUGAGGCAUUUAAGUAUUAUCGAAGUGCUUGCCAGCAAGAGAAGUACAGAGACCAAGGAAAGAAUGAUAGAUUGGCCACUGCAUGCUGUAAUAUGGCUCUACUGCUACAACAAGAUGAGAAAUCCCGUAAACCGUUCGUUGAUUAUUUAAAAACUGUCGAAGAAACUGAAAAACCCGUUCAAUCUCGAAUUCUUGAAGCUCUGCAAAAAUCUUGCGCUUUAAACGAUGCAGUUGGUUGUAACGUGUUGAGUUAUUUCUAUAUGAAAGGGUUUGAAGAUUUGAAGCCAAAUUUAAGACUUGCCGCGAAAUAUGCUGAAAAGUCAUGCGAACUAGGUGAUUAUAGGGGUUGCCAUAAUAUAAGUUUGAUGCACGCGAGGGGCGAUGGGGUGGAAAAGUCUUACGAACGAGCGAAAAGUUUUUCAGAGAAAAAGGAAAAGUUAAUGAACCAGUCAACUUCAUUAUCAUUUGGAAACACCUGAUUUUAAUUUCUCUUAAUUUAUCUUUAGUGCAGUGGUUCUUAAACUGUUGUUGGCUUCCAGACUAUUAGUUAUAUUCUAUGUGUGUGAGGCUCUGCACCAUAAAAUGCAAGUGUGUAUCAAUAAUGGAUUAAUGUAUUAAUUUAGUACCAAACAGUAUUUACGAGUGUUAGGGUAGGAUCUCAUGUCACGCUUUGCUGUAGAACUUGACCCAUGUAGAAUAUAUUUAGUGAUUUUUCAAAUUUAAAUAUUUGUGUGACACUUUCUAACCUAAAGUUUAAAUCAACCCACUUUUAAAAUCACUGCUUCAGUUAAAAGAAGUUAUUGGUACAAACUAGGUCAUAAUUUUAAUCUGUGUGUGAAAUUUGUGCCAAUAAUUGUUGUUAUUUAG